UUUACAUUUCCAUUUAUGUCGGCUACAUUCAUAACUGCAUGUAUCUCCUCGAAGGUAAUAUCUGAACUCAUCUAUUUAUAAAAGACGUACUUAGAGCAGUAAAGUGUGGCGCUGAAUGCACUUGGAGGAUUUUCGAUAGUUUUUGCCUUGCUGACAAUUCUUACCAGCUCGCCAAAUAGUACCCUACGAUAAGACUUGCCGUAUUUUAGGCUUUUUCACAGAUCAGUAAUUAUUAAAAGGACUAAAGAUUAUGAUAGGACUUUUGGGAUUCCACUGAUAAGCACAAACUUAAAGGAUCAAUAGAGGAUCAUUAUAUAUUCAUUUCAACAAUUAAAGGAAACACAUUUUAACACUUUUUUUCUGAACUCACAACGCGCAACUAUGUAUUUCCAAAUAAAAGUAGUGACAAUAGGGACGCUUAUAUUGGCAAGUUUGCUUACUGGUAGUAAUGCAUGCGGGUCGUACUGCUAUGCUGAUCUGACUAUUAGGUCAGCAUGUGAGGAAUUCUCGUUUGACAUCUACUCCAUGGUGAUUUGUAUUUGUAAACAAUGUCCUGGGGUUCCAGGUAAGCGGAAAGCGCGUAAAUCAACACACACCAUUGAUAUCAAAUUGGACGAUGACGCUGAAGGUGCAAUGGAUGACGCUUCUGAAAAUUGGACAGAUUAUGAUAUCAGAGAUACAAAAGAAGUGUCUGUAACAUCUGAGGAUCGUGAGCUCUCCCCGCUUACGAUGUUACUAUUGCGCAAACUGCUUGGGUCAUCAAGAAGGUGAUGUGUUUAGGGUGACACCUGGGAUUCGUCAUUGAGCGAAAUGUGCACCAGCGCCCCGGAGGUAGUACUGUUUUGUACAAUAGGUUAUUGGAUUGCACGUGAUGCACGUGAGCAGUUUUGUACAAUAGAUUAUUGGAUUGCACGUGAUCAGUGUGUAAAAGGUAUUCCAUUCAUUGGAGAUUCUAUUGAGAGUCAUCGAAUUUACAGAGGGCUUACUUUGUGCAUUAUGCAUUGGACGUCCUUGUAUUUUAUUCUUGAGUUAUGCAGAUUAAACCAAAGUUUUUCUGACCCAUAAUUGUGGAUGAACAUGACUGUUUCAGUUUGAUCUUAUAAAAUUAACUCAACGCCAAAGAUUAAGAAGAUGCUACUUUCUUUAGAUGAUUGGUGAAACCUGAACUUGUUACAAUAUGACAGUAUUUGAAACAACAUAUUGAUUGUUAUUUGUAUAUAAUAAUCCAGACAAUGCAUGUAUUGUCACUUUCUGACCAAUCAGAGGUCAGUCUGGAAUAAAAUUG